GGGCGGCGGCCAUGGGGAAUUGCUUUUCCGGCGGUGGCCAUGGUCAAUUUGCAGUCGGCGGCACUUCAUCUGUUCCUGAUACUCAUGGUUCUAACGAUGCCGUAGACAGUUUUCUCAAAUCUCGCGGCUUCCCUGGUCCCUUCUCUCAGAUCGAGCUGUCAUUAUCUGCUUCGAACUUGCGUGACAGGGAUGUGCUUUCCAAGAGUGAUCCUAUGGCAGUUGUAUAUACCAAAGGAAAGGAUGGCUCGUUGCAGGAGGUUGGUCGUACAGAAGUUAUUCAGAAUUCGUUAAAUCCCCAAUGGAUCACGAAAGUUAAAAUUACUUAUUAUUUUGAGAUGGUUCAAAAACUCUUGUUCCAUGUGUAUGAUGUCGAUACUCAGCUUCAUGGCCCAGAAGUAAAGACACUUAAGCUGGACGAUCAGCAAUAUUUGGGUGAGGGUACUUGUACGUUGUCUCAGAUAGUCGCUGAUCCAAAGCGCUCACGGACCUUAGAUCUUGUGAGUAUUGCCGAAUCUACAGAGUCGAGUUCAAGAAAACUUGGACAGCUUACUGUUCAUGCAGAAGAAGAAACUGUCUCCAAGACUACAGCAGAGUUGAUAUUUAAGUGCACCGAUUUAGAAAAUAAAGAUUUUUUCUCCAAAAGUGACCCUUUUCUAGUAAUUUCAAAAUAUGUGGAGAGUGGGGCUACCGUUCCAAUUUGCAGAACAGAGGUUCUGAAAAACGAUCUAAAACCUGUGUGGAAACCCCUUUUUUUGAACAUAUCACAAGUUGGAAGCAAGGACAGUCCAGUCGUUAUCGAGUGCUUCAACUUUAAUAGUAACGGGAAGCAUGAUUUGCUUGGCAAAGUUCAAAAGUCACUUGCAGAGUUAGAAAAGUUAUCUUCUAGUAAGCAGGGAGAGAAUUUGUUUUUACCCAUUACUAUUGGCAAAGAUCCUCAAACAAAGGUACUGAAGAGUCAACUUUUUGUGGACAAGUAUUCCGAAAGUGUUCAUCAUACCUUCCUGGAUUACUUGUCUGGUGGAUGUGAAUUGAACUUCAUGGUGGCAAUUGAUUUCACUGCUUCAAACGGAAAUCCUCGCCUGCCAGAUUCUUUACAUUAUAUCGACCAUUCUGGACGACCAAAUGCAUAUCAAAAAGCUAUACAAGAGGUUGGAGAUGUAUUGCAGUAUUACGAUUAUGAUCGACAGUUUCCUUCAUGGGGCUUUGGAGCACGGCCCAUUGAUGGUCCAGUCUCUCAUUGUUUCAACCUAAAUGGAAGCAGCACUAACCCAAUGGUUGCAGGGAUCCACGGAAUCAUGACAGCAUAUGAACGAGCUCUUUCCAAUGUUUCACUUGCAGGACCAACCUUAUUUGGACCUGUAAUUACCUCUGCAGCAACGAUAGCCAGCCAAUCAUUGGCAGCUAAUGAACACAAAUAUUUCGUUUUAUUAAUCAUCACGGAUGGAGUGAUUACAGAUCUACAGGAAACUAAGGAUGCCCUUGUGAAGGCAUCGGAUUUGCCACUGUCGAUCCUCAUUGUCGGUGUUGGUGGGGCCGACUUUAAGGAAAUGGAGAUUUUGGAUGCGGAUAAAGGCGAGAAACUUGAAAGUACAACAGGGCGUGUUGCAUCACGUGAUAUCGUCCAGUUUGUUCCGUUUAGGGAUGUACAAGGUGGAGAAGUUUCGGUUGUUCAAUCGCUUUUGGCGGAACUACCGUCACAAUUCUUAACCUACAUGAGAAACAGAGGCAUUCAACCAAAACCACAUCCACCUACAACUUUGUAAAACCAAUUCAUAUUCUUUGUGCAAUCUUUUAUUUCGCUAUCAAGUUCCCUGGUGCCAAACAGGCACCAUGGGCCCUUUCAAGUCUUAUUUUUGUAUCUCCAUGAUGUGAGCAUAUCUGGUGGCCUAUCAAACGGGCCACCAGAUAUGCGUAGAUCAUGGGCAUACAACUAGAACAAGAGUGCCUGUUUUCCACAUCAAAAUGCGGUAAUUCUUGUAUUCGAAGGGCAGAGUGGUCGGGUUCCCCAUGUGGUUGUGGCAAUUUGUUUUCGUGCUAGAAAAUACUUUUGCGUGAUUUUGGUUGUUUUUUGCAUAAUAGGUUACAACGGUUUUGUACUUGUGGAUAUUUGAACAUGAUCCAAUUCCAUUUGUGUUGGUGUUG